CUUCCUUAAUCUUCGGCCAAAGCGUCUGAUUGUAUUAAUAGAGCGAAUGCUCGAUUGAUCUAUCAAGUACUAUCCCAAGCGUGUGAUUACUCUGCUUCUCUGAAUUGUUUCAACAUGGCAGAGGCCCAAGAGCAAUCUUUAUCAGCACAAAGCAUCACUAGUCCUGAGACAUUCCCGUGCCGAAAACGACUCUCUUACAAUGCCUAUACUAUCGGAUGGGUGUGCGCUCUUCCAAAGGAGCAAAUCGCAGCCAGAGUCAUGCUGGACGAAGAGCACGAACCUCUUCCGACUCCUCAAAAUGACCAUAAUGCGUAUACCCUUGGCUCAAUACGCAGUCACAAUAUCGUUAUUGCUUGCCUACCAAACAUAGGAACCAACUCUGCUGCGACUGUCGCGACCUCUAUGAUAAACACAUUUCCGUCAAUCAGAUUUGGGCUUAUGGUAGGAGUUGGCGGCGGAAUCCCGAAUAAGGUUAAUCUAGGCGACGUGGUGGUCAGCCAACCUGUUGCUGACUAUCACGGGGUAGUACAAUAUGACAUGGGCAAGCUGGAACGGGGUAGGCAGUUUAUUCACACGGGCUCACUAAACAGACCUCCGAACACGCUGCUCAACGCGUUGAAUCAGCUGAAGGCUAAUCAUGAAAUGUACGGAUCGAAGAUAAAUGAGUAUCUGAAUGACGUGGAAAGGCGAUACCCACGACUGGCGCCAGAUUAUACCAGGUGUGAGUACUUGGAGGACUUAUUGUUGACAUCCGGAAAAGUGGAUCAGUCUCCGGCCAAAACCCACCUGCUGUUCAGUUUUUGGCGAGCGAUCAUCGCCACUGUCGCAUAUCUUCUUGGUUUAUGGACUAUUAAUCCAGAUGAGGAAUAUAAGCAACCAUCGGAGCCGCCAGAAGGAGCAAGAAUCCGAAGAGAAGUACGAAUCCACCAUGGUCUUAUCGCAUCCGGGAACAAAGUUAUAAAAGAUGUUCACUCCCGAGACUCUAUCGACAAAGCAUUCGGUGGGCAUGUGCUAUGCUUGGAAAUGGAGGCAGCUGGGCUCAUGAAUGACUUUCCAUGUGUUGUUAUCCGAGGUAUAUGUGACUACGCAGACUCGACAAAAAACAAAACCUGGCAAAACUAUGCGGCAACUGUGGCCGCUGCAUAUGCAAAGGAACUUUUGGGAUGUAUUCAGCCUAGUGUUAUUGAUACCGAGGUGUCAGCAAGAGCUAUAUUGGAAAAGGUUGAGCGGCAGACGCAAGAAGCACAAGACACACUUAGGUAAAGCUAGGUAGAGGAUUAUAAACGAAUACACAGCUAAUAUAAGAAGUAUAAUUCAGUCUCAAUUCAACCAAACAAUCGGUUGGCAAAAUCUGAGGGUUGUCCAAGAUGCAUUGUUUGACUCUCAUGGAAAUCAGCAUGAAGAAUGUCUCCCCGGAACCCGAACCAAUUUACUCAACGAAGUCGAAACUUGGGUUGAAUCGAUAGAUGGGAAGUGUAUCUUCUGGUUGAAUGGUAUAGCUGGAACAGGAAAAUCAACUAUCGCUCAAACACUUGCAAGAAAGCUUGAUAAGAAAGGAGAACUUGGUGCCUCAUUCUUCUUUAAGAAAGGUGAAGCAGACCGUGCGACCGCAAGAUAUCUGAUUUCAACAAUUAUUGGACAACUAGUGAAGCACUAUCCAAAGCUAGCACCAGGUGUUCUCAAAGCGGUCAAG